AUGAACGAGAAAUCUGUCCAAGCCCCCAGCAUUGAUGUCGACCAAGAACUGCUAGACGCAAUGGAGAAACCUCAAGAGAUAUACAAAGUCAUCCAGGAGGGACUCUUGCUUGCUGGAGGGGCAGCCGCAAUCUUACUUCAAGUGGCAAAUCCGGGCGUUGCAAAAGGGGUGAACGAGCAUAGUUACUAUGAAAAACAUCCGUUAGACCGCCUCCGCACAACGAUGAUUUAUGUCUACUGCAUAGUAUAUGGAACCAGGCAAGAGAGGGAAGCGGUCAUCACCAUGGUGAACAAGGUUCAUGCGCGAGUCAAGGGUCCAGAUUAUUCGGCAGAUGAUCCACACCUGCAGACAUGGGUUGCCGCCACUCUAUAUGCUGUUGGAACAGACCUAUACCAGCGUGUCUUUGGCUACUUUGACGAAACGAUUGCUGAAAGAAUCUACCGUGAAUACGCGGUCCUUGCCGUGUCUCUGCGAGUUCCCCCUGAAAUGUGGCCCAAGACAAGAAAGGAUUUCUGGGCAUACUGGAACAACGAAUGCGAAACUCUUGAGGUCACCGAUCAUGCAAGAGACAUUUCACAGGGUAUCCUCUAUAACAAGAAUAUACCAUUUGGGCUUCGAGCUAUCCUUCCACUUGCUCGUGUCAUGACAGCUGAGAUGCUUCCGCUCCGUAUCCGCGAAGAAUUCGGAUUCAAGUCUACUAAGCUCAAGCGAGCAGUGUACAGGGUAACUUUGGGAUUAACUAAAGUUACAUAUCCAGCCCUUCCUAAAGCGAUUCGCACGUAUCCUAAGCGAUAUUACAUGAAAGAUAUGAGACGACAUAUCAACCAACAUGGCUAG